CUGUUUGUGAAUCAAAGGAAAAUACCGAUGGGCGAUAAUAGAGUGGUGUUUAAUCAUGGAAUAAAGUUUGAUAUUUUGAUUGGUCAAAAUCUAAAAAAUGGCCAAGAUACAACACCCAGAGGGAUUCAAGCAGAUUCCGUGAAGGCUGGCGAGACAAACAAGUAUGAUGAUGAAAAAGAAAUAAUUAUGGAUGAUUUUAAAGAAGGUGAAAUGGUCUAUGCAGUAUCUGACAAGAUGAGCUGCUCAAUGUGUGCUGUCAAUUUUGAUACAAGGGAGGAACAAGUGAACCAUUAUAAGUCUGACUGGCAUAGGUUUAAUCUAAAACAGAGGAUAAAGGGUCUAGUCUCUGUUAGCGAGGAGAUGUUUGAAAACAUUGCAGGAGAUGUGUCCAGUAUAUCAGGGAGUGAUAGUGAAUCUGACAGUGAAGAUGAUUCCACAAGUAUGCCUCCUUUGAUAUUACCCCAAGAUACCUCAAAAUACCUCCCAGCUGAUGAGGCACUCUGUACCAGACAUCCGAAAGUAUUCCUCAGAAAUCAAGAGGGAGAACUUAUGUCUGUAUACAGAUGCAUUGUUCAUGGAAAAAAGGAUGCCCCAGAGACCCAAGAAGACUUACUUGAAAGGGUCAAACAACUUCCUAGGCAAACCAGAUGGGCUGUGUUCAUGGCAGGUGGGGGACAUUUUGCAGGAGCUAUAUUCAACAAAGGUGACGUUAUUGUACACAAGACAUUCCACCGCUACGUUGUCAGGGCUAAGCGUGGUACAGCACAAUCAGCAAGGGACUCCACAGGCUCAGCGCCCAAGUCUUCAGGGGCAUCUUUGAGAAGAUACAAUGAGAAUGCUUUGAAAGAGGAGAUCCUCCAAUUAAUCGAAAGCUGGAAGGCUGAAAUAGAGAGAUGUGACUUCAUAUUCCUCAGGGCUCCUAGCUGGAAUAAGGCAUUCUUCUUUGGAGGCAAACAGCCACCCCUUGAUAAAUCUGACAGUAGACUGAAAAUGAUACCAUUUCCAACCAGGAGAGCCACUUUUAGCGAGUUAAAGAGAGUGCACUCAGUUUUGUCUUCAGUUGAGAUUUAUGGGAAAGACACAACUGUAUCUGAUCUACUACCAAGUAAACUUAAACCCCAAGUCCAACCAAGGGCAGCCACAGUACCACACGAAUCAGAAAAUACCACCCAUGCACCUGAUAAAUCUAUAGACCCUUCAAGUAGUGACGAAGAAGGUGAUACAGCAUUGGUGAUGCAUAUGGAGGAGAUAUCCACGCUAGAAAGUCUUCAAGAAUAUUCUGGGACAAGACCCCCAAGAAGACGUAAGAAAAAGAAACCAAAAUCUGACAAGCAUACAGUAGAUGAUAAUGGUACAAAAGAGAUGACUGCUCCAGAGAAAGAAAACGAUGAUGAACAGGCACAACCUGCUUUAAGUGAUGCACAAAGAAAAGUGCAGAACCAGAUUUUCACAGCAUGUAAAAUGGGAGAUAGAAUUGAAUUGGAACAUCUGUUGGGUCAUGGUGCUGCUGUAGAAAUCAACCCAGAUGUGUCCAGUCAGAUCUCAGUAGAUGUGCAUAGUCUACUGAAUGUCACACUAGGAGAACAGUGCAAUACAUUUCUACAUAUUGUAGCAAAAUCAGGUCAUAAAGAUUGUGUGGAGCUCUUAAUGGAGCUUGGUUGUGAUCCAUCUGUUAGGAACAAAAAGGGUCAAGUUCCAUAUAUGCUAGCGUUUGACAAAGGAACAAGGAAUGAGUUUAGGAAGUUUAUGGCAAAGUUUCCAGAUAAAUAUGACUAUCACAUGUCACAGAUUCCAGCCCCUCUCACUGAAGAGAUGGAACUGGAGAAAAAGAAAAGAGACAAUGAGAAGAAGAAAGCCCAGAAGAAAGCAAAGAAAGAACGCUUAAAGGACAUCAAGGCAGAAGAGGCAGUCAAAAGAGCAGAAGAGGCAGAAUGUAACAGGUUCCUCCGACUCACUGAUAGAGAAAAGAGAGCCCUAGCUGCAGAGAGGAGGUUCACAAACCAAGUGGUGCAGGAUGGGGGAGCGAAGCCAGUGUUGAGUCGGUGUUGGCAGUGUGGUUUGGACAUAACAGGGAAAAUACCAUUUGAAUAUUCAGACUACAAGUUUUGCACGACUAAAUGUUUAAAAGAACAUAGACUUUCCGAUAAAUCCUGACAACAAACAAACAGAAAGUAUAUUUUGUUUCUAGUCCUAUUAUGUUGUUCAAUGAUUGUUCAUGUCCAAAUACAGUAAAAGGUGUGUUUAUUGAACAGUGGCAAUCUGAAAUGAUCCUGAUCAAAGUGAAUUAAUAUAAUUAAUCAAGAAUGAAAGAUGAUAGUAAAUAAAAUAUGAUUUUCAGACAAGCAAAUCAGUUUGACAAGGGUUAAUACCUUGAAACAUGUACUUGUAUUACACCAACAGUGAAAUAUAAAAGGGCCAAUUUGUGUGUAAAUAUUACAUACAUUCGUAAUCUGGUAUAGGGUAGAAUUCAAAUCAGUAAUUAUUAGUUUAUAUAAUACAAUAAAUU